GAAAUAACAUACGUGAUAUCUUUAAAACAUGUUUGAACAUUUAAUUCACUUACAUAGAUACUGUAUUAAUUGAUAGGGUGAAAGGGCAUGUACUUUCAAAAAUUCUAAAUUAAUAGAGAAAUGUCAAAUCUUUGAUUACUAAAGCGUUGGAACCAGGUUGUUUACAAAACAAAUAUGGAAGACGCAGAGUUCAAAACGGACGAGAAUAAUUGUACGUUUUCAUUUAAAAAAAGAAAAAUACGAAACACCGCAGCCAGGAAACGUAAAACAGCGAACUAUGAAGACGAGAGCAGCGAAGACGAAACUACAGUGAUUCAAAAAGAGAGGAAACAAAAUGAUAAUAAUCCUAUGAAACAAAGCACUAAUAAAAGAAGAUUUAAAGAUAAAAAAGAAGCCAUAGAUGUCAGCAGCGAUGAAGAAAAUAUUACAAUUUCUUACAAAAGUACCAGGACUCCUAUGCCAGCUGGACCAAGCGAUCAAGGAGCAACAGCAAUUUUAGAAACAGAGACAGAAAAGGAUAAAGAUGCCCAAGCUUUAUUCGAAAAGUCCCAAAAGAUAAAUGAGGAACGUGAAGGGAAAGAAGAUGAUAAAGUUUAUAGAGGUAUAAAUAAUUAUACUCAAUAUUAUAAGAAAAAGGAUACUGCUGCUGGAAAUGCUUCCAGUGGUAUGGUACGUAAAGGACCAAUUCGGGCACCAGCUAAUCUUAGAGCAACUGUUAGAUGGGAUUAUCAGCCAGAUAUAUGUAAAGACUAUAAGGAAACUGGUUUUUGUGGAUUUGGAGACAGCUGUAAAUUUCUUCACGAUCGUUCGGAUUACAAGCUAGGAUGGCAAUUAGAAAGAGAAGCCGCUACAGGAGAGUAUAACAAUAGCGGGGACGAAGAUGAUAAAAAGUACGAGAUUGAUAGCGACGAAGAAAGUCUUCCGUUUAAAUGUUUUAUUUGCCGAAAUAGUUUUACCGAUCCUGUCGUUACAAAAUGUAAGCAUUAUUUUUGCGAGAAAUGCUCGUUAGAGCAUUAUAAGAAAAGUACCAGAUGUUACAUAUGCAAUACGCAGACCAACGGUGUUUUCAAUCCAGCUAAGGAAUUAAUUGCACGGGCAAAGAUGGAGGACAAAGGAAGAACAGUCGAGGAAGACGAAGUUUUUAACGAAUAAUAAAGUAUAUUUUUCCGACGAAAUAGUAUUUUCUAUCGAACAGUUGCAAUUUUAUUAAUGUAUAGAUUAUGAUGUCGCGUAAGGUAUUAAACGAAAAUUCUAUAUACUGAAUUUUUCACAACUCAAUUUACGGUGCACACAAUAUUCUUUUCGACCUUCCCUUAGAUUCUUCUUCAAUUACUUUUAGAUUCGACCGCAAAAUACUUGAAGAAAGCGUAUUUUAGAAUUGGUUCAUAACGAUGUUAAUAAUAACGUUCAAGCGAAAAUGAAAACUUAUACAACGAAUGGAAUGACAAAGUAGUUCGACAACCCUUUCUAGCAAAAGGUCUAGAUUUGGGAGAUCUCGCGUAUGAACCGUUCCGCAAACACUCGUCGAGUUCAGAGAUGCCAGAAGUGCACCGAAGGCACUGUCUCACACUAUGUCAGAUCACGUGUUACGUGAGCUUGUAAAGUUUCGGAAAGUCGACAAAGACAAACUGACGCAUGC